AAGGCGUCAUGUGCUGCGAUCACAUGACUGUGAGCUGUCGUGUGGCGUUUACAGACAGCGGAGAUCCUCGGCUCGCAGGCUUUCGGGAAUAAAACUGUCAUUUGAACCAGUUUUAUUCUUCUUUCUCCCGGACCUGGCUCGUCUCGUUCUCCUCCGGCAUGGCUUGGACCGGGUACCAAAAGUUUCUUGCGGUUCUUAUGGUUGUCACGGGCUCAGUCAACACGCUGUCGGCAAAGUGGGCUGACUUGAUCAAAGCAAAGGGUUGCCGUGGUGACGAUGUAAGAGAAUUUUCUCACCCGUUUGUACAGGCGGUUGGGAUGUUUCUUGGCGAGUUCAGCUGUCUUGCCGUCUUCUACAUUCUGCUUCACCACGACAAACACAGGCCGGAGCCAAAGAUGAACACCGGCCAGCGUUUCAACCCCCUCCUGUUCUUACCUCCUGCUUUAUGUGACAUGACCGGUACCUCCAUCAUGUAUGUUGCGCUGAAUAUGACAAGUGCCUCCAGCUUCCAGAUGCUACGCGGCGCCGUCAUCAUCUUCACCGGUUUGCUUUCCGUGACUUUCCUGGGCCGGCGCCUGCACAUCAGCCAGUGGGCCGGCAUCUCCAUCACCAUCUUGGGUCUGGUGAUAGUCGGCCUGGCUGACUUUGUCAGCGGGAGCGGAGACCAGACACACAGACUCAGUGAAGUCAUUACAGGAGACCUUCUGAUCAUCAUGGCUCAGAUUAUCGUUUCUGUGCAGAUGGUUCUAGAGGAAAAGUUUGUUUACAAGCAUGAUGUCCAUCCUCUUCGGGCUGUCGGAACUGAAGGGUUCUUUGGAUUUUUCAUCCUUUCGUUGCUGCUCAUCCCCAUGUAUUUCAUCCCUGUGGGCGGCUUCGGCAACAACCCUCGUCAGGUCCUAGAGGAUGCGCUGCAUGCUUUCUGCCAAAUCGGGCACAAACCUAUCAUCCUGGUCGCUCUCCUGGGCAACACAGUCAGCAUCGCCUUUUUCAACUUCGCCGGGAUCAGCGUGACCAAAGAGAUGAGCGCCACCACUCGCAUGGUGCUGGACAGCCUGCGUACCGUCAUCAUCUGGGUGGUGAGCUUGGCGCUGGGUUGGGAGACGUUCCACGGCCUGCAGGUGCUCGGCUUCCUGGUGCUGUUCAUGGGCACAGCACUCUACAAUGGACUGCACCGCCCCCUGGUGGCAGCGAUACGUCAGCGUGCAGGGAUGCCCAGCGUAGAGGAGGAAAGACCCUCAGAAGAGACGGAGAGACUACUCAGUCCGAAUAAUGUUCAGGAAGGUGACAGUAGUUAAGAGUCGACAUCUCCGUAUCUUUGAAUCGUCACAAAAUUCUGUUUUAAACUUUUGUUCUUACGAUUUUAUCGGACAUACCUCCUUCAUGUGAUGUUGCCACAAGAAUGUACAAGCGACACGGGUAUAAAAGGUGGUGAGAAUUUGUUACUUUUUAAAGACACCGUUUUAGACAUGGACAGUUUUGUUGAGUAUGAAGCAAAACAAAAAUUAUUUCUUUUUUUAAAUGCCUGUAUCUACAGAUGAAUUCUGGCUCUUAUGUUUAUUUUAAAAAAGGCUGGAAGAGAUGAAACAAUAGCACAUUUAUGUUUUACUCAGUACUAAAUAAGAAGGUAAGUUAAAUAAUGUGUUAUUUUAUGCAUAUCUCAUGCACAAGUUUGUGAAAACUGACGUAUGUUAAAAAAAAUUGUCAGUCAUUGUGAAGGCAGAUUAUCUGUAAUAGAUGGGUUAUUAUCGUGGGGUUUUUCUUUUAAGAUUUUAAUUCACUCUCUGUAAUAUGCUGUGUGUUUGAUUAUCUCUGAUUUUUUUUUAUUGUCCACUUUCAUAAGCCACUGUGUUGUCAAUAUGAAAUGUGCACUUAAUUAUAAUACAUACAAAGGCCCCACUGAGACGGUUACUGUUUCAUUACUUCCUGUGUAAUCAAACUGCAAAGCCAC